AGGUUGUAGUUGUUGUAGAAAAUUGUAGAAAAUAUAAGCCCCUUUGUGGUUUGGAGGUAGAUAGACAAUCAGUACUGGAAAAUAUAAGAGAUUAUUUUCAAUAUUUUCAUUUUAUUUUUAUUUUUCAUUCUUAAUAAGAAGCCCCAAAAAGAGAAAGAAUUAACUAAGAAGUAGAGCUAAUGGUCAGAUUAAUUAAUUAAAUCUGGAGUUAUAGUUACAGAAUGCAUCUGUGGUUGGUUUAGAGAUGACUUGAAAAACCUAAUAAAGCAUACUUUAUUUUGUUUUCGCAGGACAUUCAUCAAGAAAUCAAAAUACCUUUAAAUUGUGGCGAUGACACCAGUAGACUAACUACUUUUUCAGCUUCCUGAGAUCCUAAAAAUGUCUCAAAAAGUUAAAGGGAAGAUAAAAGCAAUAUUUACCAAAAAGACAUCAUCUGGAAAUAUACAUGCUGGUGACAAGCAAGACUACAAUUUUUUCUUUGGAAAAGAUGUACUAAAGGAGAUCAGCAAUGAAAACACUGUACUACAGCGAGUUAAAGCACUCAAGGAGUUGACUGAAAAUUUGGAGAGUAAAAGAAUAGAAGAGAAUGCGAUAGAAGCGUUAUUGGUUACGAUAACAGACCUUCUUCAACCUGAUACUUCAGUGGAGGGAAGACAUGGUGCAUUUCAAUUUCUUAUAUCUCUGGUUACUGGACAGUAUGAGCGUCUUGGUAUGUUGCGAAGUCAUUUUUUUCGUAUUGUCAUUAACCAUCCUUGUGAAGAAGACCUACACUUCAGGAUAAUGUUGCUGAAGGUAUUGACAGAUAAUGGAAAGGACAUUUCAUAUUGCGAGCAAAUUGGCUGGUUUCUUGUGACUUUUAUGUCAAAUGCGCUAUUUUCAGUUAGUUCUGUUGAAUUUCUUCAUUUAUUGGUAAACAUUGUUCAUUAUAACUCAAGUUUCUUGGAUAAAGACAUCAUUUGCUCAUUAGUUGAAAAAACUUGUGAUUUCUGCAGCAAUGCAAAUGGUGAACAAGAAAUUGAAAGCUGCCUGCUUUUUCUUGAUGCCACGGUUCGUUAUGGAGGUCUGCCGCCUGAAGGAUUGUUCCCACUGAUUGUUAUGUUGUGCCGUACUGUCAAUAUUGAAAAAUUCUGCCAACUAAGCUGGAAGCUCAUGAGGAACUUGCUUGGAACAAAAAUUGGCCACACUGCGAUUCUUAUUAUGUGUCAAAUUCUGGAAGAUAACAACAAUAUUCUUGACAUUAUUCUUCUCCGUGGUGCUGUGUUCUUCAUUGGUAUGAGUAUUUGGGGAUCUAAAAAAGUCUCUUCUCUCCGCUUCUACCCAAUUCAUGUUUUACCAUCAUUUAAAAUGUCACUGCAGUCAAAUAAUGUUCUUGUUGCACAUGAAGUGAGUUUAUCGAUGCAACGCCUAGUGAAAAAGUUUGGUGGUGAACAGGAAAUAAUAUCAUGGGAUAUUAUAUUAGACAUUUUGGAGGCACUUCUACGACUUCUGCAGCAUUCAAACACUGAGGAAAGUGAGUCAUUGGAAACCAUUGUUCACUCUUUAUUAACAAACAUUGAACAGCUCUAUGCGGAAAAUAAAUUUUAUGGAUCUUCUGAAAGAUUUUUUAGUAUUAUAGCCAGUUGUUCAAAGACGAGACCAGAACAGUCUGUCAUUUCCCUUUUAACAUACUACCAGGAGCUUAUCAAACCGUCGAACGAUGAUUGGCUAGAUUUAUUUCAAUCAGUCUUGGAAAGAUAUUACAAAAACGAAGAAAGAUCAUCGAUCCGCAUAAAGGUUUUAAAUCUCUCAGCUUCGGUGUUUUCGCUGUAUAGAUACAAAUACGAGGACGAGAUUCUUAACCUUGUCUUGACUGAUUUUAUCGCAAGCAGCAUUGCUGCUGAGAAGAACAAGGAAGUUUUAAUUGUUACCUCUCAGUUGCUUUCUGAUGUUAUUAAUAUGUGCAGUUCAGAUAAGUACCCAGAAGUACUGAGUGUUUUUGAAAAGUUACUAAAUUCAACUGCUGAUGUCAAUCCACGAGAUAACUUACAAGAUAUUGAAAUCGCUAUUGAUGCUCUUAUAAAAGCAUUUAAAGAGAAAUUGUUUGAACCGCACAAUAAUUACGUGGUGAAUAUUUUUAAUAUUUUGGUCAACCACAUUGAUCAACACUAUACGUUUAAUGUAUCUGCAUUCACUGGUGGUGUCAUUAGAAAAAGAAUAUUCACCUUGUUAUUGUCAGUAAGAGCUAACGAACGUCAUUUUAUUGGAAUCAGUAACCACGAAGAAAACGUGAAGUACUCAGUGCAUGCUAUUUUUAAACCAAGUGUAGAAGAUGUGGCAGGCUGUGGGGAUUUUUGGUUGAUUGACUGUGAUUUCCAAAAUGCAUUUGAGAUUAUAUUAAAGUGUUUAAAAAACGAACUUGAUUGGAUGGUGUUGGAGUAUGUUUUAAAAAACCUUUCGCAGCAAUUGCAAAACAAGAAUUUAUUUGUUUACUGUCGAUGUAACAUGAGUAAGCUUUGUGCUGCUCUUUGCACCAUGGUGAGUGAUAAAAUGUACUUGAACAAAGUCUUUAACUGCCCUCCAAAUAUGGCAAUAUCAGAAUUGCGAAACUUAAUCUUUCCCAUUUUGUCAGUGAUAGCUACGUAUCAUAACUUAAUAUCUCGCGAAAGACAACGAGAUUUAGUCAAAUGUUUAGAGUUUGGUUUAAACACGUACUGUGCGCAUACAUGUGUGUCCUGUUUAACCAUAUGUACAUUGGAAAUGCAACCUGUCAUGGUGAGGUUGCUACCACAAAUUUUGGUUAGAUUAUCUCAAAUUUCUGCGACUGUUGUUAUGUCGAUCCCUGUUUUGGAGUUUCUAUCAACUCUUAAAGAAAUACCAAGUCUUUAUGUAAACUUUGUUGAAGAACAAUACAUGAGUAUAUUUGCCAUGGCAUUGUCUUACACUGACUCAUACAAGUACGGUCUAUACAUCGUCACCCUUGCUCAUCAAGUGAUUGCAGAUUGGUUUACAAGGUGUAGACUGACCUUUAGGAAAGGCUUCGUUACACUUAUAGCGAAAGCCUUAAAGUCAGGCCUGCUUAACAUCGAGCAGAAUAAAUCUGAACAUAACAGCGAUGACGACGUAAAAAAGUUUCACGAAGAUAUGUCUGAUGUGUGUCUUGAUAUGAUGGCUAGGUACUCAUUCUCAACACAUCUGUCCGAGCCAAAGCGUUCCCCUAUGGUUGAAUUCCUUCUGUCGAAAGGCAUAUCACACACUUGGUUGGCAGGCAAUAUGCUCGUUACUGUGACAACAAGUUCUACAAAUACUGAAGAUUGUGCAUGCUCAUUAAUAAAGUGUAACGAACCGAAAAACGAUCAAGAAACAGCAACUACGGUAAAUAAGGAGGUUAACAGUCCUUCCAAUAACUCUGAAAACCCUCCUGAUGUUGUUGAAGAAGAAAUUGGAACUGAUGCACCUAAAGAUAACUUUUCCAAGCAAUCUAACGUGUGCAGUGAAAUUGAAAAUGAUCCUGAGCGCUUUAUUACUGCUAGCUCAGAAAUACUUGACGAUGGAGUGUCAUGCGAAGAAGAGGGUUACGAACCUACUCCUCUUGUAGCCAAACUGACACAGCAUCUUGUUGAACCCACCAGUGCAAGCAACCACGUGUUUUCGCCAUCGGAACAACUUCUGUUCAGCCGUCAGGCAUCAAAAGUGUUGAUGUCUGACAAUUUUGAUGACGAAGACGAUGAUGAUAGCAGUGAUAGUGAAUACUAUGCUGAAAAUAUUUUUGAUUUACAGCAGGAGGUAACGGAGGAACCAGUUGAUGGCAAUGAUGAGAUCGGAACUCGCUCACUUAAAACAUCAACGAUUACUGAUGCUACUAUUAAGACACCUGUAGAAGUAAAAAAGCCUCCAGCGAUAGAGAUAUCCAAAGUUUUUCCAACCAAAAAAACGAAUGAACCAUUCGAACAGUAUAAGCGAAACUACGUUGAAAAAUCUUACGAGUUACCUAAGAGUAGGUGUCAAUGUUCCUGUAGUGGAUGGGCAGAAAUUUAUAUUCGUAGACCAACUGGUAAUACAUCGUGGGUAAUGAAACUGGAGAAUAAAGAAAAGUUUUCAAAAACACCAUUGUCUGAACUUAGCCUUCUAGCAUCCAGUCUGAAUACAUCUAAAAUCAAGAAAAAACUAUCAACUGCUUCUUCUACUGCUUCAUCACACCGAAGAAGAUUCAGCACAGGUUCCAUGGAGAAGUACAUUAAAAUAAUGGAAGAAAGGCAAUCCGAAGAAAGCUCUUUUUCACCAGACCUUGUUAAUGCCAUUACCAUACCAAAGAAACAGCCCUUGAAGAAGUCCUUGUCCAGUCCUCGUAGUGCAUCAAAACCAUCAACUAAACAUGACAGCAACGAUACCAACAAAGAAAGUGGGUUGUUACCACCAGCUGAAUUAACAACUGCAUCAAAUGAAACAAAAGUCUCCACCGCACGUCCUGAUAUGGUGUAUACUGCUGAUAGUAAUACGAGACCCAACUUUGUCUGUCCCAAUUUUGUCUUUUUACAGUUGUUUUACUCACCCUUUGGUUGCUACUUGGAUCAAAAUCCUGUUUUAUUAGAACAAAAUGAGGUUAUCGAGCGAGCCAUGAAAAUUCUGGAUCGAAUCCCAUCUUAUAGCACACAUAAGUUUGGAGUUAUAUACGUUGGACGUGGUCAAGAAAAAUCAGAAAUUGACAUUCUCUCAAAUGAAUUUGGAUCGACAAGAUAUACUGACUUUAUAGCAGGACUGGGAGAUUUAAUAAAGUUAACAGAAUGCUCGGCUAACGGUUGUUUUACAGCAGGGAUGGAUCGCACUGGAGCGGAUGGAAAAUUUGCUUAUAUCUGGAAAGAUGACACAACGCAAGUUGUAUUUCAUAUUGCCACCCUGAUGCCAUAUAAGGAGAAAGAUGCGCAAUGUGUGUCCAAAAAGUUACACAUUGGAAAUGAUUUUGUGACCAUUGUAUACGAUGAUUCCAAACAUGGUUAUAAUUUUGGUACGAUCAAGGGUCAGUUCAACAUAGCAGAAGUACACAUACGCCCACUUGAAUAUGAUAGCAACAUGGUUACCGUUCGGAAAAAGUCUGGAAGUAAUGAAGACAGCAACAGAGCACCUUAUGUUGUUUCAGACACAAAUUUGGCUAUGUUGGUACGCCAGCUGGCGAUUCAUGCAAAUAUGGCUGUCGUGGCAGAGCAAAGUUCGAAGCAGACGACUAACGCGUACGCAUCCAAUUGGUUGGAACGCUUAAAACAAAUUCACAGAAUUAAAAAUAAAGCAAAAUCCACUGAGACUAAUAGCAACGGACAUGACCUGGCGUGUGAUUUUACAUUGUAUACUUGAUGAUUGGGCAUGGAUUAACGUGUAAAAUUAAUUCUCCGAUAACGAGAAGCGUAUAAUUUCGUUGCGUUCAUUGGCCAGUUUUUCGUGUUUAAAUUUUUGCUUAUAAACAACCGAUAUAAAAAUACUAUGUUGUUUUUUGGUGACAUGGAGUGUGUUUAUUGGUUCGUUGUCUGCUGAAUUCAACAAGUUCGCAUGACUCUAAUGUUCAAAUGUAAUUAAAACGAUUGAAAAUAAUUGCAGGGCGGAGACUAGAUGACCAUGGUUUCAUAUCAUUACUUAUAACUUCUCUAGACCGUCUUGCAUACUUACCAUUCAUUGUUCACAGAAGCAAUAUUAAUGUUUUCAUUGUAAUUCUUGUCGCGUCAACAAAUUCCAAUAUUAAACAGUCAACCAACGAAAACAAAUAUAAUUCGCUGUAGUAAUGAUUUUAUAGUUUAUGGUUUUAUAUUUCCACGAAAAACUUUAAAAUAAAAUUAUAAACAUUGCCCUGCAUAUGCCACAGCUAUUUAUCUUUUGUUUUAAAAAAUUCCAAUGUUUUUAGAAUUUUGAAUUUUCAAAUAUUUUUCAACCGUUUUUGUGUAUUUCAAGAGAAUGUUGUAACUUGUGCAAUAUGGGGUAUAUUUUCCAGUUCUUACACUCGUAAAAUCAUCUUCUGCAAAGGUCGAAAAGCUCGAAAAAUAUGUAUCAAGUGCACAAGGUAUGGGCAGUAAUUAGUGAUUUGCGAUUGUAAACUUAAUUUGCGUCGUGAUUUGCUGGAAAAUUUUAAUUGUAAAUAAGGAAAAUUCUAUAUUUGUUAUACCGUGUGUCAACUAGUAAUUUUGAAGAAAAAUUGUUUAUUCGUGGCUUUUUCAA